AUGAUAAACAGUGGAGAAAAGGAAUAUAUAAGCAUCUCAGAUUUUUUAUAUAUGAAUGUAGAAGAUCUGAAGGAUGAUGAAGAAAUAAAACAAAAAGAUUUUUCUUAUAGAAAAUACGUGUGCUCACUAGAAUUAGGCGACAAGAAAUUAGAUUGUGGUAUCCACCCAGAAAAAAGGUUAUCAAUAAUUGAUUGUGAAGAAAGGAAAUAUAUAAAUGAUGAAUUGUCAUAUGAUGAUAUAAUUUUUAUUAUAGAUCAUUUAUUAUUAAACUUAGUAAAAUUACUUAAAGGAAAUCAUCCUUUUUUAACUGUGCUAAGUUGUUAUUAUUUACAUGAUUCAAGAGUUAUUAAUUGUAAAGACAAUGGUUAUUUUUUAGAAGAGGUAUUUAUGAAAUGGCUAGCUGCCUUUUCUUAUGAUAAAAUAUAUAUGGAUAUUUUUAAAAAUGAUAAUAAAGAAUUUAUAAAAUAUAUUGAAACAAGGGAUGAUCCAAAAAAAUUUCUUAAUGAAAAUAAAGUUGUAAAUAAUAAAAAAGAUUAUUGCAAUAAGGACAAUAAUAUGGAGGAAGAUGAAGAAACUAAAAACAAUGAUAGAAUUAAUGUAAAUUAUAAAAAUAAUAAUAUAAAUAAUAAUAAUAUAUGUCAGGAUAAUAUAUAUAUAAAUAUUGAUGACGAAGAUUAUGUAGAAAAUAAAAUGUUUUUAUUCUUUCAAUUAUUUUUAAUCUUUUAUUCAUCUUCAUCUGAACUAAUCGAUUAUGUUAUAACCGGAAAUAAUUUUGUUCAUAGAGAUGAUUACAAAUGUGGUUUAGUAACUCUAAAUGACUCCUUAUUAUAUCAUUGUAGAAAUAGAAGAGGAUAUAUUUUAAAAAAUUUAUUUAUAAUAAAAAGAUGUUUUACAAAAUUUUUUACUCAAUAUGAAGAAAAUAAAAAGAAAAAUAAAGAUAUUAUUUUCAUUUUAAAAAGAAUAAAAUUUAUUAUAUAUUUCACCUCUCUUCUAAAUCAACUAAUAUUUGAUAUGUGUGAAUGUAAUAAAGAAUCUAUAAAAGAAAAUUGUAAACAAAUAUUAAAUUGUAUAAAUAGUAUAGAUAAUGAUAUAAAUAAUAAUAUAAAUGACAAAGGUGGUGUAAAAAAUAAAAUGUUCAAAAUAAUACAAGAUGAACAAGAAAAAAAAAAAAAAAAAAAAAAAUUAUAUUUCAAUAAAUAUUUUUUAAUGUAUAAAAUGACAUAUGUUAGUAAACAUGUAACAAAGCUAACUAUAUCUGAAGGAUAUUUAUUUUAUAAAAAUUUUGUAACUGAUAUUCAAUAUAUUGGUGAAUAUAUUAAAUUAAUUAAUAUGAAAUCAUCAUUUUUUGAUAUAAAAAAUAUUUUACAUUAUUUAAAAUUUUAUUCUAAAAGUUGUAAUAUAUUAACUAAAUGCAUAUCCAAAUGUUGUCUUACUCAAAUAAUAGAAAGGGGCAAAAAUGAAUUUGCUAAAUUUCAAAAAGAAUAUAUAUUAAAAGAACAAAGUAAAAUAUCACAAUACUUAAAUGAUAAUAAACAAAGUAUACAAAAUGGAAGAAAUAACCCUUGUCAUAUUAUAGCAAACAAAUUUAAUACUACUCAAAACGACAAAAGAGAAGAUUUAGAAAAUGAUCAAAAAAAUAAUAUAUAUCAUGAUAUGGAUAUAUGUAAAAGUGAUGAUCACACACAAACAAAUAUAAACGAUAACAAGAAUAAAGAAUUAAAAUGUUUUGUAAGUUCUUUUGAAAGUGAAUUAAAAGAUUAUUAUUCUAUUUUUUUUGAUUUAUAUCAAAAUGAAGAUGCACAAAAUAUCGAUUCUAAUAUGUUAAACAAAAACUUAUUAGAUAACGUUAAAGAUAAUAUAUUUGUUAAUAUGUUUUUGUUUCUAUUUUAUAAUGAAUCCUUUAUAAUAAUAGAAGAGUUACUUAAAGAAAAUGAACAAUUCUAUGUAAAAAAUAUUAUAUUUAACGAUUUAAUAUAUUUCGGAUUUCCUCCUAAUUUGUUAAUGUUAUUUAAUAAUUUUGCUUAUACACCUGAUACGUUAUUUUAUUUGAUAGAAAAUGAAUUUAAAAUAGAUACAGGAUAUAAUUAUGAUAACAAUAUGGAACAUAAUGAUAUACUCAAAAAUAUUUUUUGUGAAAAAGAAAUGAAUAAAUUCGUUCGAUUAUUACGCUUAAAUUUUGGAUAUCUAGUAAAUUACAUGGAAAAAGAAAGUUCAAUUGUAGAAAUAUUCGACGAGCUACAAAACUUUAUAAAUAAAUAUGAUAUAAUUAAUUGGGAGCAAAUAAAUGAAAAUAUAAACGAGAACCAAUUAAAUAUACAAAUCAGUAAAGACCAAUUAAAAGGACAUCUUAUAAAUAAAGAUAAAUUAAGUGAUUACGAUAAUAAUUACAAUAGAUUAAGUUUUAAUAAUCAUAUAAAUAAUAAUACAAUUUUGUCUAGCCCAUUUUCUUACCGAACGGUUUUUAAGAAUGAAGAUGAAUAUAAAAAAUUUGUUAAUAUUACACGAAAAAGAAUGAAAUUUAUAAUACUUUGUAAAGUAUUUAAUUUAUUUUCUCAGUAUCUUGAAAUAGUUAUUAAAAAGAUUUUUAAAUAUUCCUUUUUAUUGCCUGAAAGGGAAUAUUCCAAAUUGUCAAAUUUUCAUGUUGAUAUGCGUAUUUUAUAUACCUUGAUGAAAAUAUUAACAUAUAACUUUAAAAUGUAUAAUAUGGACAAAGAAAUUGAAAGUAUAGAAAAUUAUUAUACUAGUAUAUUACAAACGAUAUUAAUAGAUUAUAAUUGUUUAGGUUUAUAUAUAAAUUUAUUAUCAGAUCAAGAAUAUUCUUUUACAUAUUAUGUCUUGUCUAUUUGUUAUAAAGAAUUAUCUUAUAUAUUACAACAUGGUUAUAAUAAUAUAAAUAAUACAGAAGAUAUAAAUAAAAAUAAAUAUUCUUUAUAUUAUUUUAUAUUAUAUUUAUACUCAGAUUUUCUUAUGACAUAUUUUAUUUAUCUUUCUUAUACGAAUAAGGAUUCAAAUAAAUUAGAAGAAGAUUCUUUUUAUUUGAAACAUAAAGCAUGGGGUUUUAGUUAUCCAGAUUAUUGUAAAAUGGAUUUAUAUAGUUUUCAAAUGAAUAAAUCUUUGCUUAUAUCACUUUUUCUUACAAAAUAUUUAAAAAUUAAUAUGUCCCGUUCAUCUUCUUUAUCUCAUAAUAAUAAUGAUAAUAUUCAUAUAGGCCUUAAAAAAAAAAUUAAAAAUAUAAAUGAAAUAAAAGAAAGUUAUCAAAAUUAUAAAAUACUUGUCAAUAAGUAUUCAAAUUUAAUUAUUAGUAAAAAUUCCGUACCUUACAAAAUUCGUCUAUUCGAAAAAUCGGAUAAUAAUUUUGAUAUGCAAAAUUAUUUUAAACAAUACAUAAAUGAAAUUGAUAAAUACUUAAAAAUUAUAAAACAUAAAUAUGACACCUACUCAUUUAUUAACGUAUAUAUAAAUGCAUUGAAAGUAAAUAUAAAUUCCUCUUACAAAAAAAUACCUCCAUUUUGUUUUGAAAAUAUUUCUAUCUUUUUAAACCCGGACUAUGAGGUCGUAAGGAAUCAUCCUUUCUUUUUAAGUUUGCAAGAAAAAAUUAAAAAAUGA